AUGUCGCCUGCAACCACCAUCCCCGUGCCUGCCUCUGCGGUCCUCAAACCCGGCUCUCUGGUUCUCAUUACUGGAGUGACUGGCUAUAUUGGUGCUCACAUAGCGGACCAACUCCUACACCGAGGCUACAGAGUCCGUGGUGUGGUUAGAAAGCCAGCAGAUUGGUUGACCAAACUCUUCGAGUCGAGAUAUGGCAAAGACGGGUUUGAGACUUGGUUUGUGGCUGAUUUGACCGAUGAAGAGGCUUUGGUGGAGGCUAUGCAAGGUGUAAGUGGUGUAAUCCACGUAGCCAGCGAUGUCAGCUUCUCNCCCGACCCAAACAUCGUCAUCCCCAUUGCCGUCAACCUCGCAACCACUGCCUUAAAAGCCGCUGCCAGGACCCCUUCCGUCGAGAGAUUUGUCCUCACUUCCUCGGCAGUUGCGGCGUCGGCCUAUGCAGCCAAUAUCACUCGCACUGUAACCGCAAUUUCAUGGUCUGACACCUACAUCGCCGAAGCCAAGCAACCAGGUCCAUACACCCCAGACCGUGGGUUGUCUACCUACGGCGCUUCCAAAGCGUUGGCGGAACAAGCCAUCUGGGAGUGGAGCAAGCAAAACACAGCUUCUACUUUGACGAUCAACACCGUGCUCCCAGACUUCAAUCUCGGGCUUCCCGUGUCGCCAGAACAUCAAGGAUGGCCCAGUAGCGCAGGCUUUGCAGUUGCUCUCUUCAAUGGCGACGUCAGCACAGGCAGAAUGCUGCCUCCUCAACACUACAUUGCCGUGCAGGAUACCGCGCUCCUUCACAUAGCCGCUUUACUGCAUCCUUCCGUGCAAAGCCAACGUGUGUUUGGGUUUGCAGAGCCCAAGAAUGCAAAUGGCAUCUUGAAGAUAUUCAAAGAGUUGUAUCCAAACAGAGAGUUCGCGGACGAGGAUCCAGAGGAGGGAGAGGAUUUGGCGGUGAUCGAGGAAAAGGACAAAGCAGAGGAGUUGUUGAGGUGGGUUGCUGGCAAGGGGUGGACGAGGAUGAAGGAGAGUUUGAAGGAGGUUGGGGAUUAUUUGAUUGAGCAUGAGAAGCGUGGUUGA